AUGUCCUUCACCCACCACGACCACCACCACGGCCAUGCACACCAUGAUGACGACCGCUCACUUACAAUCCUCUAUGCUACCGAGACCGGUAAUUCACAGGACACGGCGGACAGGAUUGCUGCUCAUUUACGGUCGAUACACAUGAAUUGUCGUUCGCAUGAUAUUGGGGAAUAUCCACUCGAAGAUAUUCUUUCUGAACCACUCGUAAUUUUCGUCGUCUCGACGACGGGCUCUGGCACCGAACCUCGAGACGCAACGCCCCUGAUGGAUUCACUCCUCCGAUCGGACCUUCCCACCGAUUUAUUCGACGAGUUACAUUAUGCGGUAUUCGGGCUUGGAGAUUCGAGUUAUGAAAAAUUUUGCUGGCCUGCUAAGGUUUUGGACAGGAGACUGGAAGGGCUGGGCGCGAGGAGGAUAUGUGAGAGAGGAGAGGCGGACGAUCAGCAUGCACUUGGCAUCGAUGGUGCGCUGGACCCAUGGCUCACAACUCUAACUGCCUCCCUCCUCACGCUUCUCCCUCUCCCGCCCAACCUUCAUCCCCUCCCCUCGUCCUCCCUCCCACCGGCACGCGUCAAGCUCAUCGAUAUCUCCAACACAUACUCAAACCCAGUCCUCACAACUUCUAAAAGUGGUCCAUCAAGUGAGCCGGCAACAGAAGCAUCGACAUCUCACUCGUACCCUGCGAAUAACUUAAGUGGCAUCUCCGGGACCAGCGUAGCCGAAAAUAAUGCGAGCAGGAAUUAUCAUAAAGUUAAAGUACUGAAAAAUGUGAGGAUUACGGUGCAGGACUGGUGGCAGGAUGUGAGACAUUUCGAGUUUGGGAGUGAGGAUGAGUUGAGGUAUGAACCGGGAGACGUAGCCGUUAUACACCCAGAGGCAUCUUCAUCGGAUGUGGAUGCUUUUUUGGAAUGUAUGGGAUGGGAGAACGAGGCUGAUAGGCCUUUCUGGGUUGUUCAUGAGAUGAAAGACCAGUCACUCCCGUCUUCAUUGUCUCUACCCCUCAACGAGCAUAUCUCUCAUUUGCCGCAAGCAACCUCAUCCUUGAUUCCACCACCACCACCACCACCAAAUGCGACCACUCACCGUCCACUAACUCUACGACAACUCGUCAUGCACCACCUGGACAUCAACGCUGUGCCGCGUCGUGGUUUUUUUCGACUUCUGCGACAUUUUACGGAAGACGAGAGGGAGAUGGAGAGGUUGGACGAGCUGGGGGAGGCGAAUGAGCUCGGGGCUAACGACCUGUAUGAUUACGCCACCCGGCCCCGACGUACGAUCCGCGAAGUGAUGGAGGAGUUUAGAGGCGUGAAGGGAAGGAUGCCCAGAGAGUAUGUGUUUGAGAUGCUACCCCCGUUGAGGCCACGGAUGUUUUCGAUUGCUAGUGAUGUCGAGACACAUCCGAAGGAGGUCCACCUCUGCGUUGCGAUAGUGCAGUACAAGACGAAGCUGAAGAUACCGAGACGGGGCGUGUGUACGAGUUAUUUGUCGUCUUUGAAGUCUGGCACGACCCUCCUCCUCGGCCUUCAAAAAGGGCUGCUCUCCCUCCCUCCAUCUCCUUCGAUACCUACCAUAUGCGUAGGCCCAGGUACAGGCAUCGCGCCGAUGAGAGCCUUGAUUGAGAGGAGGGUGCGGCAGGGUGCGAGAGAGAAUACGCUCUAUUUCGGAUGUCGGAGUCAAGACAAAGAUCAGCAUUACGGUCAGGAGUGGGAGAGACUUUCCCAAACUUCUGUCCCGCCUCCAUACCUAACCUAUCGACCCGCCUUCUCGCGUGAUAAUCCGGAAGGCGUCAAGAGGACUUACGUUCAGGAUUUGAUGGACGAGGAUCGAGAGAAGGUUUGGGACGUGGUGGGUAGAAGGGGCGGAUGGGUGUAUAUCUCUGGUUCCGCGAACAAGAUGCCGGCCGCCGUUCGUAAGUCGAUAGCUGAUGCGGCGAGGGUAUGUGGUGGGUUAGGAGAAGACGAGGCGAAAGAGUAUGUGGAGAGGAUGGGGAGAGAAGGCAGGCUUUGGGAGGAGUGUUGGAGCUGAACGGCAAGAUCAUCCUGGCAAGGUGGCAACGGUAGAGAAUUUUCGUGAUUUUAUGGAUCUCUGACCGUAUACGUAUACGGGGCGAUGACGAGGCUGUUGACUAUCUAAUCAAC